AUGGUAGCCGUAGCAGCGUAUUUCCUUCUUGUCUCAGCUGUUUUAAUCAACUCGGCUCCAACUAAAAAUGAUAGAACUCGCGAUGAGAUUGAUGAACUAUUUAUAAAUCAAGUAUAUGAUUCUAGUCUAGAUGGAGAGUUUGGAGAAUACUUCGAAGGUGACAUGCUGUUGACUUCAAUGCAACAACAAGCUAUCAAGAAAGCAAAAAUAGAACGUAAUGGCCUGAAAGACAGUACUAAGCGCUGGCCUAAUCGUACUGUCGUAUACCAUAUUGUUGAAGAGGAUUUUGAUGAAAAAGAAAUAAAGAUGAUCGAGGAAGCGAUGAAUGACAUAGCUAAUAAAUCUUGUCUCCAAUUUCGUAAGAGAGAAAACGAAGAACACGCGGUUAUGAUACAGGGAUCGGCAAAUGGGUGCUUUUCAAGUGUAGGGUUUAACACAGAAGAACAUGAAGAUGGACAAGAAGGCGACGAAGAACGGCAAGUGCUGAAUCUUUCUAAGGGGUGUUUUAGACACGGAACAGUUGUGCACGAGAUGCUUCACACCCUCGGUUUUUAUCAUAUGCAAAGUACAUUUGAUAGAGAUGAUUUCGUCGAAAUUAUAUGGGAAAACAUAAAUCCAGGCAAGGAGCAUAAUUUUGCAAAGUAUACUAUUGAUACAGUAACCGAUUUCGACGUGCCUUAUGAUUACGGCAGCGUGAUGCACUAUCCGAAGACAGCAUUUUCAAAAAAUGGAAAUAAAACUAUUAUUCCUUUGCAGGAAAAUGUGACCAUUGGACAAAGGCAUGGUUUAUCAGAAAACGAUAUACUGAAGCUUAAUAAAAUGUAUUGUGAGAAAAUUGAAAGUGAUUCUAUUAGUUACAUAGCUGGUGUAGUGGCUAGCAUGUACGGCUGCACACCCGGAGGUCCUGGAUUCAAGUCCCGGGUCGGGCCAAGUUUAGAAAUUGAGUCUUUCUGUAUAGUAAGCCUCAGUCACAGCCCGGAGUUGGGAAGUUGGCGGUGUUUGACCCUCGUGCCUCGAGAGCACGUAAAGCCGUCGGUCCUGUGCCUUAACUCUCACUGGUCGUGUCGAGUGGUCGUCCCACCGGAGUAUGAGAGUGACAGGAAUAGAGAGUGCACUUGUGUCUGGAAUACAAUAAUGAAGUGGGAAAUCUUUAUCGCUUUAUUUGCUGUUACAAGUAGCAUAGCACAGGAUUUAUCACCUAAAGAAAUUGAAGAAUUUAGUAAAUUUCUUGAAAAGACAUCAGUAAUUGACAAUGCUGAAAAAGAUGUGACAGUUCCUGCAGACGAUGAUGCUUGGCAGAACAGUGGCAAAUUCGAGGGUGAUAUAAUUCUUGAUGACAUUCAAAGAAAACAAAUUGUUGCCAAAGUUGGUAAGACUAGCCGCGCUGUAUUGACUGAUUUAACGUUUUUGUGGCCUGGUAAAAAGAUUCCUUAUAUGAUCAGAAGUGAUCAAUUUAAUAAAACACAUGACAUUGGAAAAGGCUGCUUCAGGGUAGGAGCUAUUGCACAUGAAAUUUUUCAUGCUCUCGGAUUUUUGCAUACACAAGCUAGGAUGGACCGAGAUGAAUACGUUAAAAUUCAAUGGGAAAAUGUAAAUGACACUAGAAAACAAAACUUUAUGAAAUACGUUGAUAGACCUUUACUUGGGGGCGGAAGAGAUAUAUUAGCUUAUGAUUAUUACAGUAUAAUGCACUAUUCUCGAAAGGCUUUUACUAAAAAUGGACUAGACACAAUUCUACCAUUAAAGGUCAACCCAGCUAUAAUUGGCCAAAGAAAGGAAAUUUAUAUAGGGGAUCUAAUAAAUAUAAAUGUAGUAUAUUGUAAUGACACCACGACGCCCCAGCCCGGGGGUUCAAGGAAAAGACCAAGAAAAGAA